AUGGAGUCGAAUUCUUUCCUCAACUCCUUUUGGGACGAGUCUGAAUCUUCUCUCGUAUCGUCAACAUCAACCUCAUCCGAUGGAGGCUACGGAGUUGCAUCAGGCUUCCGAUACCGGACGGGAUCUACAACUGCCAAAAAUCACCGUCUGGACUCCAACUCCAACCUCAACCCGAAACCUGGCACAUGGAACAGCGACUACGCUGUGGCGCACCUGCUUGAUCAUCUUCGCACCUUUUCAGCACCCGUGUCCACUCCGAAGCCAAUCGCCAUCACCUCAUCCUCUUCCACUCUUUCUCCUGGAGAAGCAAUCACUAACGCCCGCACCUACCCCGUCUCAGCUCAUGCAUGGCGUUCAUACCCAUCGCUAAUAUUCAGCUCGCUCAGUGUCUCUGUCUUCAAUGGCCUAUUAGACGAACAUGUUGUGGAACUAGCCUGGAAGAGCUUGGAUAGGCAGGUCAGCGGGAGAACCGUGAUCAUUGGAGGACCAGAGAAGAGGAGCGAACAAAAUGAUGGAGCUGCAGAAAAUGAAAAAAUGGGGGGUGAGGAAGCCAAGGUGAAGAUUGAGCUGAACGCUGUGGCACUGCAAGGUGCGAACAGGGACGAAAUUGGUGUUGGAACAUGCCCACGCUAUGGAAACGCUGGGUGUGGAGGAGGGGAUUUAGAAGGAGAAAGGGUGGGUGAUGGUGGCAACGACGAUGACCGUCUUGCCCACGGCAAUGCUUUCGCCGCUAUCUUGUGGGAGAUACGGGCCCAGGCCGCGAAGCAUGAAGCAGACGACGAUAGGCCUCUACCCAUCGGCUUCGGUCACAGGCUCCCAAGCGCUGUCUGCAUAGACGGCCGAUCUCACAAAUCCGUCCGGAAUUCUCGCAGCAUCAAGCACGCCAACAAGACCAUCGCGAGCUCCGAGCAGAGCCAAACCCCCUCCAGCUCCAGAAGCAGCGGCACUGACGGCACUGGCUUUCCCUCUCCCAACUGCCGUUCCCUCAAGAGCACUCACUGCCCUAUCUCCGUGCCCAUCAUUACCCUGGACUCCGCCUCCAGCUGGUACACGACUGAGUGCGCGCCCCUCCUUGCCGCGCCUGCCUGCAUGCGCCGUAGCAACUUCUACGCCUACUCGUCCGGCGGCAACCUUCUUCCCAUCCCUUACAAUACAAUGGGUCUCCAGGCGUCCGCAUACGUUACCUUCAUAUACGAUAGCGACAAGCCCAUUGGCGUGCUCCGCGCCGUCAUCCAGCGGUUCGCGAGUCUGCGACUGGAUGUGUUUGCAGACGGCAGGCGCUGGGUUGAACUGCCACGCACGGGGGUGGAGAAAGGGGAAUUGAACGCUUUGAUGGCAUUUCUAAAGAGCAAAACGUAUCUUCCGGUGCUGAGAUCGCGGAAAGCAGCAAGAGAAGGACCAGGAAAGUGUGAAGGAACAGAGGGCGGUUCGUGCCUGAAAGCACCUGUGAUAAAAAUCGAGGACAGGGCUCGCCGCCGCCACCGCCGUCGCAAAGGUCAAGGUGCCCGAACGGAUGCUCGCGGCAUCGACAGCGAGAGCAGCGACGAUGAAGAAGACGGCGGCGAUGAUCAGGAGGAGCAUGAAGCGUGUGCCCACCUCCGCGAUAUCCGCGUCUAUCGCCUCGCCAGCGCCAUCGGCUUCUCAGAGCUUGCGUCUUACGCGAUCAGACGCUUGUACACCCGUCACGCCUUGUCCUCAGACGAGGACCCAAUCACGCUGCUCGAAGCCAUAUAUUUCUCCGACGAUGGCGGCGAGGUGCAGCCGUCGCAGCAAUUGCGCACUUGGUCCCGAGCUUUCCUAUCCCGCCGUGAGGACGGGUCGAGCAUGGUUUCGAAUGUAGACAAGUUACAGGCGCACCAUCGAUGGAGAAGGCGGUGGAACGCGCUUCUAGCUAGGGGUGGCCAGCAGGGACGAUCACUACUUGAGGACUUCAUCCGCAUCAACCGAGAGUUCUGA